AUGGCACCCAGAAAUGCCCUCUCUUUUGAGGUCCUCGACGAUGUAGACUUUGGAGUUCCUGUACGUAAGGUUGCAGGCAGCACAGGUUCUGACCUGCAACGCAACAUGGCCAAGCUUUGCUUUCGUCAGUGUGAAUCGAAAGCCAACCGCAAGCGCUGGAAUUCAGACAAAGUUUCGAGUGUUCAGGGACCGAAGACUCAGGAUGCAGAAGCUGUUGCUUCCUUGCUGUCUAAGUCGCAACCCUCCAUCUCGAAGAUCGUCAGCAGGUCUACAGUGGCUCAGUCUCAAUCUCAACCAGAGUCGGCACGUGCUGCUUCUUCAGUUCGAAGGUUCAAAAGAUUGUCUCAGAUUUGA